UGCCCCCUCCACAGGAUGGCAGAAGGUCCACAUUCCAACUCCACCUUCCCACGCCCAACCUUCUUCAUACUGACUGGCAUUCCAGGGCUAGGGCCUGCCCAGGCUUGGCUGACACUGGUCUUCGGGCCCAUGUAUCUGUUGGCCCUGCUGGGCAAUGGAGCACUGCUGACAUUGGUGCAGAUAGAUUCCACACUGCAACAGCCCGUGUUUCUACUCCUGGCCGCACUGGCAGCCACAGACCUGGGCUUAGCUACAUCUAUAGCCCCAGGGUUGCUUGCUGUGCUGUGGCUUGGGCCCCGGCCUGUGCCAUACAGUGCCUGCCUGGUCCAGAUGUUCUUUGUUCAUGCACUGACUGCUGUAGAAUCUGGUGUACUGCUGGCCAUGGCCUGUGAUCGUGCCGUGGCAGUAGGGCGUCCACUGCACUACCCUCUCCUAGUCACCAAAGCCCGUGUAGGCUAUGCAGUCCUGGCACUGGCACUGAAAGCUGUGGCUAUUGUUGUGCCUUUCCCUCUGCUGGUGGCGCGAUUUGAGCACUUCCAAGCCAAGACCAUAGACCAUGCCUACUGUGCACACAUGGCGGUGGUAGAACUGGUGGUGGGCAACACACAGGCCAACAAUUUGUAUGGGCUGGCGCUUUCACUGGCUGUGUCUGGUAUAGAUAUCCUGGGCAUCACUGGCUCUUAUGGGCUCAUUGCUCAUGCUGUGCUGCGGCUGCCUACCCAGGAGGCCCGUGCUAAGGCCUUUGGCACAUGUAGUUCCCACAUAUGUGUCAUUCUGGCCUUCUAUGUACCUGGUCUCUUCUCCUACCUCACACAUCGCUUUGGUCGUCACACUGUCCCAAAGCCCGUACACAUCCUUCUCUCUAAUAUCUAUUUGCUGCUGCCACCUGCCCUCAACCCACUCAUCUAUGGGGUCCGCACCAAGCAAAUCAGGGACCGACUCCUGGAAAUCUUCACAUUCAGAAAAAGCCAGUUCUAA